GCGAGGCAGUCACGCCGGAGACACCGGCCGCAGCGGAGGCACCGCUGAUCCCGCCGUCGCCGCCUCGGCAGCCCGUCUCACGUGCUUCGUCAGCGCAUCGAGGACAAUAAUUAUUUUUGUUUGUGAAUUUUGUUUCGCGUUUCGAAAGGCAACAAGCAACUAGGGCAGCAGGACGAGAAAAACAAGCAAAGUCAAGGCGUCCCCCCCGCCCCCCGAGGAGAGGAAAAAUGCGCCCUCGGCAGGUCGACGAGUGAGCCGAGCACCGUCAGUUGUCGCCGCCGCGAUGAAGCUGAAGGAACGAGUGGCGAUCGGCGCCGCCGUCGGCGUCACCCUGUUCACCCUGCUGCUGGUGGUCGACCUGCAGAUGGGCAUCUCGGGCAAGCACUCGGCCCUGCUCUACAGCCACGGCAAGGUGCGCUUCGGCGCCGCCAACCUGCAGAACCCGCUCGCCUUCAAGUCGCGCUUCCUGCAGCGCAGCACCAACGUGUCCAAGGAGGCGUCCGCCCAAGCCUCGGACGGCACCAGCAACGGCACCGGCGGCGGCAACCUCGCCGGCCACGCGUCCGACGCCGCCGACACCAACGAGAUCAAAAAGCAGACCACGCCGCCGGACAGCUUCAGCGACCUCGUCGAGUACAUGGUCAUCCUCGGACAGAAGGACAGCGGCGCCGCCACCAAGGACAGGGGACCCACCCUCGGGCAGAUUCACAGGGUCAAACUGAGGAAAAACAUGACCAUCUUGGAGCGUUUCCAGUACGGAAUUUCGCAGCUCGAGUUGUACCCGAAGGGCGACCCUCUGGUUGACAAGCUUUUGCACAACAUGGCCACUAGAAAAAUCGUGCACGUCGCUCAAAAAGAUGGUGGAACUCAAAUCAAACUUGUGAUUGAUUAUGACGACGGAUCGCAGGCUCUGUUCAAACCCAUGAGAUUCCCACGGGACACGCAGACCCUGCCGAACCACUUUUACUUCACCGACUUUGAGCGUCACACGGCCGAGAUCGCCGCCUUUCAUCUGGACAGACUUCUCGGGUUCCGUCGCGCGAUGCCCGUGGUGGGGCGGGUGCUGAACAUGACGACCGAGAUCUACAACAUCGGCGACGCCGAACUGCUGAAGACGUUCUUCGUGUCGCCGUCGGACAACCUGUGCUUCCACGGCAAGUGCAGCUACUACUGUGAUACAGCCCACGCCGUCUGCGGAAACCCGGACAUGCUCGAGGGCUCCUUCGCCGCCUUCCUGCCCGACAAGGAACUCGGACCGAGGAAGGUUUGGCGCCACCCCUGGCGCAGGUCCUACCACAAGCGGAGAAAGGCACAGUGGGAGCUCGAUGACGAGUACUGCUCGUUGGUGCGCGAUAUUCCACCGUACGACGCGGGUCGACGGAUGCUCGACCUCGCCGACAUGGCUGUGUUCGACUUCCUCACCGGCAACAUGGACCGGCACCACUACGAGACCUUCAGGCCCUUCGGCAACGCCACCUUCCCGCUGCACCUGGACCACGGCCGCGGCUUCGGCAAACCCUUCCUCGACGAGACUUCCUGUCUCGCGCCCAUUUACCAGUGCUGCACCAUCCGAAGGGACACCCUCGCCAACCUACUCAGGUUCCACAACGGUCCAAAGAAGCUGAGCGAGCUGAUGCGCGAGUCCAUGUCUCGCGACCCUCUUUCCCCGAUCCUGUGGGAGCCCCACUUGAAGGCCCUGGACCGCAGGGUGCAGAUCAUCCUGCUGUCGAUCAGGGACUGCAUCUCGCACAGCGGCUCGCCCGACUCGGUCAUCAUCAGCGAGUUCAACUACAACGGCAACACCAGUCAGGACGAGAGCCGAGCGGGCAGCCGACAGGCUUGAAUGAAAAUUUCCACCGUCGCCGAUUUCGGUUUUUUUUCUGGUAAAAGCUAAUAAUUAGUUUAUUAUUUCAAUUGUCUCAAAAAAACGCACACGCUUGAAUAGAAUUAUUUUGAAGAAAAACGUGAGUAUGGCGAGGAGAAGAAAAACAGUAAUCGGCUGCGGGUGAGAAAUAAUGUGGAACUAUAAAAAAAAAGGAAAAGUCAGACUUUGCACCAUCUCCUGUGCACACAACUAUAUUUAUAUAAUUAUAUUAUUGUAAUAUGAAAAAUGCUAAUUGAAAAAAGUGCGUGUUUGAACUGACCGACAUAUCAAAACACUCGUCCAUAUCUUGAAUAAUCAAAUCGAUGAGUGAAAAUCGUAGUUCUGGGGAAAAACUCUCUGUACGUAAUUUGAUCAUUUUUGGUGGUUAAUUAAAAUAGAAAAAAAAUAAUGUAAUAUGAGCGAUUUUUUUACAACAUAGGUGGAGAAAAACGUGUUCAGUUGAAAUGUUUUUUAAACUUGCGGCUGUGAUGUUCAAAUAAGAAACAUUGAGUAGAAGCCAUUUUUUUAUUCAACGCGAAUCUAGUGAAUUCAUUCAAAGAGGGCAAAUGAUUAACACAAACUUAUAAACUAACGAAACACAAUGUAAAUUUUGUAUUCGGUUAAUUUUCAUCUCUCCCUGCCAGAAAAUAUUUCGUUCGAUCGUGCUCAAGACGUACGUCUGUCUAGUCUGAAUCAAAAAAUUAUAUAUUAUUUCAAUUCAAAUUGAAGAUGUUGGUUUUCCGCGAGUCCCAGGAAGCAACGAACUUUGAUUGGCUGGAGAGACUCGCCAUUGAAAUAAAAUAACCCUGUAGUUACCAAACGCUGACAAGAUGCUGAUUCCUAUUACAACUUUUUUAUUUGCAUUUUUCGACGAGAAGCUCUUUCUUUAUAUCAAAGAAACCCAGUUUUGACUUGUCGAAAGUAGGUUUUUGUCCUUGUUUCAAAAAAAAAAAAAAUCAUGGCUUUUAAUGUUCCUAGACCUUCCAAACGCCAUUAU